AAAUUUGGGGUUUGUUUCAACUUUGAAGCAAACUAACUCAUUAAUAAACGAGGCGCCAAAAUUCCAAAAUCAAACCAUUUACGAUAGGCUAUCGUCUUCUGAAUAACUGCUCAACAUCUUCUCAGUUAAAUCAGGAGAAAUUGCUUCAGAUCUAGGUCUCCAGUGCCUGUAGGAUCUUCGAUUUUAAGUUGCGAUUUGAUUUGACGCGAUGACAUCACACGGAGCAUCAGGAAAGCCGUGGAAGCCAAAGGUUACGCUAGAGAGUUACCUCAAUUUGGAGCAUAUGGACGCCAUCUCCCCUCACAUGCUUCGAAAGAUACUUACGAUACAUGGAUUCAAAAGCUUCAAUGUUCCAAAGGAUGAUUUAUUAGAUGCGGUGAGAUCAAUUGAGCUGAUGGAUGCGCACCACUCAACUCUGCAAAGUGAUGUUUCUUCAAACGCGUUCCUGAGUCUGAAUGAUGUAAUCAGAGACCUCUCACUUCUGCAUUGGCAAGAAUGCUGCAUCACGAAUAUUGAAACCAUCAACUCAGUGACUGAUUUUGGAGAAGAACCGUUACCUAAACGUUUGAAGACUAACUGCAACCGCAAUACUGUUGUGAAUGGACCUGAUACAUUUGGCUUACAAAAGCAGAUUAUAAACAAGAACUCUACAAUGGGCCGCACAUCAACUAAGAGGAGUGAUCGGGUCAAGAAAUCUCCAACCAAAUGGAAGGAUUUUGUGAUGGGAGCUGAUACGGUUGAUCCCUUAGCUAUCUCUAAAGCUAAGCAGGAACGACUACAUGUUUAUUCUAGAAGGGGCAAAGGUGAAGUUUCUAAAAGUAGCUAAGACUUUGUUAGAGGAGAGAGAGUAUAAGUAGUAAUGAAUAAUGCAUUUAGAGAGUGGGAAAAUUAGAGAGUGAGGAGCAGUUUACAAGCAGUUAUUGAUUUGUUUUUUCCAGUUUAUUAGCAUGCUUAUGUUAGACAUUUUUGUUGUUCAUGUUAUUUUGUUGAUUUCUAAGUACCGGAGAUUUGCCCAUCUCGAAUCGGGCUGUUUACUUUUCAAUUAAUCAAAUAGCCUGCUGAAUUUGGAGUUCC